AUGUCACUCUUCGUUCUUGCCGAGACGCCUGCGGGCUACGGCCUGUUCAAGGCGGCGGAUAAGAAACUCUUCAAAAAUGACGAUCUCGCAGCCGAACUCGGUCGUCCGGAGAAACUGGUUGAGAUGCUCAAGCUCAAGAAGUUUGUCAAGUUCGACAGCGCCGCCAUGGCCCUCGAAGAGGCCGCCUCUCUGAAGGACGGAAAAGUUCCGGCUUUGCUGACCACUCUUCUCGACGAACUCAAGACUGAGAAGAAGGCGUCUCUGGCCGUUGCAGACGUCAAGCUUGGGACUGCAAUUUCAAACCUGCCCCAGUUCAACAUCUCCCCAGUCACCGGCUCCAAUACUAUGGACGUCUUUCGAGGCAUUCGAGAGCAUCUGCCGUCUCUCAUCCCAGGUCUGCUCCAAGAAAACAUUGAUCGGAUGGCGCUCGGCCUCUCGCACUCCAUUUCCCGGCACAAGCUCAAGUUCUCGGUCAACAAGAUUGACUCAAUGAUCAUCCAGGCAGUCCGACUGCUUGACGAUAUGGACAAGGAUCUCAACGUCUUUGCCAUGCGCACUAAGGAGUGGUACGGCUGGCACUUCCCGGAGCUGGCCAAGAUCCUGAAUGACAACCUUACCUACGCCCGCCUGGUUCUUAUUGCGGGCUUCCGAACAAGCAUCGCCGAGACCGAUCUUUCUGAAGUUCUCCCCGAGGACACGGAGGAAGCCGUCAAGAAGGCCGCCGAGAUCAGCAUGGGCACUGAGAUUACCGAAGACGACCUGGCCAACAUCAAGUCGCUGGCUGAGCAGGUGAUCCUCUACACCGAGUACCGAGCCCAGCUCUCGUCCUAUCUGGAGAGCCGAAUGCGCGCCAUUGCGCCGAACCUGACUGUUCUGGUCGGCUACCUUGUUGGUGCGCGGCUCAUCGCCCAUGCUGGCUCUCUCAUGAACUUGGCCAAGGCUCCUGGCUCCACCAUCCAAAUCCUUGGCGCCGAGAAGGCUCUCUUCCGUGCCCUCAAGACGAAGCACGAUACUCCCAAGUACGGCAUCAUCUACCACUCGUCACUCAUUGGCCAGGCCAGCGGCAGGAACAAGGGUAAGAUUGCCCGUAUGCUGGCCGCCAAGACCGCGCUGGGCCUUCGCGUGGACGCUCUCGCAAAUGACGACGAGGAUGACGAGGAGCAGCGGUCCAUUUUGGGUCUCAGCAGCCGCAUCAAGCUUGAGAACCAUCUGCGGACACUUGAGGGCAAGUCGCUUCUCCCCAAGGGCGCAAACGUCGGUCCCUCUGGCGAAAUCACGACGCCGGGCCAGUUCACCCUCAAGGAGACCCGGAGAUACAACGUCGACGCAGAUGGUGUGGGCGAUGCAGGCAGCGACGAGACCCCCAAGAAGCUCAACGGAAAGAAGUCAAAGGACGGCAAGAAGGCACUGAUCCAGGUUGUGGAAGAGCAAGCCGACGAGGAGAGACAGGAUGCCAAGGACGUUGCCUCUGACGAUGAUGACGAGGAUGAGGACGUCUCGACCCCGGCCAAGCCCAAGCUUUCCAGCGCCGAAUACGAGCGUCUGGCCAAGCUCGCCGGCCUUUCAGCGAAGAAAUUCAAGCGAAACAAGAAGGAGUUGAAGAAGAUGCGCAAGGCUGGAGAGAACGGGACCCCCGUCAAGAAACCCGAGACACCAUCCAAGCCCGAGCCCUCGUCAGAGAAGAAGAAGAAGCGGAAGCAUGUCGAGGAUGAAGAGGACGCCGCCGAAACGAAAAAGGAGAAGAAGCAAAAGAAGAAGAAGCGCCACUCGGAGGCUUGA